CCUAAUUAUUCCUAGCUUUCAUUCCUCUCAGAUAGCGCAGCAAUGGCUUCUCAAAACCCUAAUCUGAAACCGUCCCUUUAUCCGGAUGUGAUUCAAUCGAACCCCAUAUCCGCCAAUCAGCCGUCUUCCCCUGGCAACCUCUACCCUACCAUCGACAUGCGCGACCUCCUCGAAAACCUGUUUCCCGAGUCGCCCGUCAGUGCGGGAAACCACCAUAAUAACUGCCCUUAUGUGAGUGCGCCGUCUGAGCCAACAGUGGCCAGGGAGGAGGUCCUAAUCAAGAUUCCGGGUGCGAUCCUUCAUCUGAUUGAUAAAUCCUACAGCGUGGAGCUCGGAUGCGGCGAUCUGACCGUGCUUCGAAUCUUCCAGGGCCAAAACCUCGUGGCUGUAAUUGCUCGCGUCGGGGAUGAAAUCCAGUGGCCUUUAACAAAAGAUGGAGCUGCUGUUAAACUGGAUGAAUGUCACUAUUUCUUCUCUAUGCGCUUCCCUAAAGAAUCCGACUCUAGCAGUGAUGAAGACGAAGACGAUGAAUCAAAGAAAAAAGCUGGCUCCGGCUCGAUCUCCGAUCUGAAUAUGAUUAAUUAUGGUUUGACGAUUGUGUCUAAAGGCCAAGAGGCAUUAGUGAGAGAACUAGAUGGUAUAUUGCAGAGUUAUAGCUGUUUUUCAAUACAGAAGGUGAAGGAAAAGGGAGAAGAGGUGUUGGAUGGGGCAGUGGCCGCAGCCAGGGAUACUUCCCCCACAGAUUUGAAGUCAGGGAAGACCAAGGAAGUGAUGGAGGAGAGGUCUGCAGCUUACUGGACCACACUGGCACCCAAUGUGGAGGAUUACAGUGGGACUGCAGCAAAGGUGAUUGCAGCAGGGUCUGGGCAUCUUAUCAAAGGGAUCUUAUGGUGUGGAGAUGUGACUGUGGAGAGGUUGAAAUGGGGAAAUAAGGUACUAAAGAAGAGGAUGACUCCAGGUGAGACUGCAGAAAUUAGUCCAGAGACAUUGAAGAGGAUACGGAGGGUUAAAAGGAUUACAAAAAGGACAGAGAAAGUGGCAAAUGGGGUUCUCGCUGGAGUUGUGAAAGUUUCUGGAAUUUUCUCAAGCAAACUCGCAAACUCAAAGGCAGGCAAGAAAUUUUUUGGUCUCCUGCCUGGGGAAAUGAUUCUUGCAACCCUGGAUGGAUUCAACAAAGUAUGUGAUGCCGUUGAAGUAGCUGGAAAAAAUGUGAUGGCAACAUCUUCCACUGUGACUACUGACCUUGUCGCACACAGGUAUGGGGACAAAGUUGCUGAGGCAACAAGUGAAGGACUCGGUGCUGCAGGGCAUGCUAUAGGGACUGCUUGGGCUGCAUCCAAGCUUCGAAAGGCACUUAAUCCCAAAAGUGUUUUAAAACCUAGCAAGCUAGCUAAAGCUGCAGUUAAGGCAGCUGCUGAGCAUAAGGCUAAGAGUUCCAAGUAAUUUCUAUCAUGCCUUAAGAAAUGAAGUGGUAGAGAUCUUGGUAUUAUUCAUUCACCUCCAAAGCUUCAUGAAUGACUAAUUCUGGUGCAAUUUGUCUUAGAUAAUGCUGUUACACAUGUGCAUAUGUAGUUUGUAAAAUAACUAUUCUUUCUUUAAUCUCCAUUGACACAUUUGCUUAUUCAUGGCAAUAAUUUGAAAACUUCUUUUAAGUCUUAUUAUAGAGAGGUGACAAUUACCUGGACAAGAAUCAGCAGCAGCUUAGGGCCUCCUUUGUUUUACCUACUUGAGUUGGAGACAGAUGUUUCAAUCAUAUGAUUCACAUCUAAUUUGUCUCUGUCGCUUGAUCAUAUCCUUUGGCCUAAUUCUGUUGAUUGACAACUGAUAUUAUAUCAUAUUUCUAGCACUCAGAAUUGACAUUGCCUAGCAGUUGUUAUGUACAUUGAAAGAAGUCCUUUUCUGUAGAUAGUGGACUAGUAACGAUCCAAACAAACAAAAAUCCGCACUCUUCAGUGAUAGUGCUUUUAUUUUAUUUUUCUAGGAUUUCAUUAUCAAAUGUUGUCUGUAAAUUAGUUAAACAUCAUAUUCAAUUGUUCAUCCAAGAUUUCUCCCUUCCACUCCAGUUUGCAGCGGCUAGAGGACAAAUAUCUAUUUUGUUAGGUAUGGAAUGCCAUCUCGUUUAUUUUCAUCAUCGCAUCACUGGUAUUAGACACUAUUUUCCACAAAAUGCCAACUGCACUGUAUUCGUAUGCUUUAUGAAUAUCAAGAAAUAUCCCCUAGAGACUGCAUUUCUAAUCUGUUUCUUGUAAUUGAAUCAGGGCUCCAGAUAAUCUGUGAGGGUCACAGGAUUUACAUGAUACAGGCAGAAUUUGUUGGGUAUAUAUAGUUGAAGUUCAGCAUAAUGUCCUUUUUAUUUAUACAAGGAUGUAUAAACAUUUCAGGAAUGGAAAGAUUUGAACUUGAAAUCUGUCACAACCUUCAACUUUUCCCUUCA